CUGUGCUGGGCUCACCUUGUCUUCUGGCUGUCUGUCCCCAGUGUGGACUACCUGCUCCCCAACUAACCCCAGAAUCUGGAGAUCCAGGCCAUUCUGGAGUAAUGCACUAAGAUGUCGCAGAAGAGCCCCUUCCCCACCUCAUUCACUAUCCAGGACAUAUUAAAAGGGGGCUCUUCUGAUAUUAAGAGUUCUCCUGGACCUGUGUCAGAGAAAUCCAAUGGAGCAGAGCUUAGAAAUCACACAGAAAGGGCAAGGGGACCUCCUGCCAAAAUCCCAGCCCUCCAGCAAACACGUCUUCCUCACACAGGAGUGGAUACAGAGCCUGGCAGCCCGGCAGACACUACCCACGAUUUCUCAAUGCAAGAAUCGCCCAGAAAACUGCUAGCAUCACAGAGCCCACAGCAUGGGACCCUCACCCCUGAUUCUGGGGCUGAGGACCUACCUUGGGAUGGAGAACAGGCGCCACCAACCAAAGGGAGCUUCAGAGAUCCUGCAUCUGGAGACAGGACUGAGGAUGUACAGAAAACGAAUAAGAAGAGAUCUCGAGCGGCUUUCUCCCAUGCCCAGGUGUAUGAGCUGGAGAGAAGGUUUACCCUCCAGAGAUACCUGUCUGGACCUGAGAGGGCUGACUUGGCAGCUGCACUCAAGCUCACAGAGACCCAGGUCAAGAUUUGGUUCCAGAAUAGACGCUACAAGACCAAAAGGAAGCUGAUAGCCACCCAACAGGCCACCAAGACCCCCCAGACCCCCGCCAAGAAAGUAGCAGUCCGGGUGCUGGUCAGGGAUGAUCAGAGACAGUACUGUCCGGAGGAUGUAAUCAGCCCAUCUCUAAUCUCUCUGUACCAGGCCUAUCAAUACUACCCAUAUAUGUACUGUCUGCCUGCCUGGAGCCCCCAAUUCUCACUGUGACAUCCUGCACUCCCCAACAUCUCACUGUGACAUCCUGCACUCCCCAACAUCUCACUGUGACAUCCUGCACUCCCCAACAUCUCACUGUGACAUCCUGCACUCCCCAACAUCUCACUGUGACAUCCUGUACUCCCCAACAUCUCACUGUGAUAUCCUGCACUCCCAAAAAUCUCACUGUGACAUCCUGCACUCCCCCAAUUCUCACUGUGACAUCCUGCACUCGCCAACAUCUCACUGUGACAUCCUGCACUCCCCCAAUUCUCCCUGUGACACCCUGCUCCCCCAACAUCUCACUGUGACAUACUGUCCCCCCAAAUCUCACUGAGACACACGCCCCCCGAACAUCUCACUGUGACAUCCUGUCCCCCAACAUCUCACUGUGACAUCCUGUCCCCCAACAUCUCACUGAGACAUCCUGCCCCCCAACAUCUCACUGUGACAUCCUGUCCUCCAACAUCUCACUGUGACAUCCUGCACCCAACAUCUCACUGAGACAUUCUGCACUCCCCAACAUCUCACUGUGACAUCCUGCCCCCCAACAUCUCACUGUGACAUCCUGUCCCCCAACAUCUCACUGUGACAUCCUGCUCCCCAACAUCUCACUGUGACAUCCUGCACUCCCCAACAUCUCACUGUGAGUGUCAUUCUCAAAUCCUGUCCCCCAAUCUCACUGUGACAUCCUGCACUCCCAAACAUCUCACUGUGACAUCCUGCACUCCCCAACAUCUCACUGUGAGUGUCAUUCUCGAAUCCUGUCCCCCAAUCUCACUGUGACAUCCUGCCCCCCAACAUCUCACUGUGACAUCCUGCCCCCCAACAUCUCACUGUGACAUCCUGCUCCCCCAACUCUCACUGUGAGUGACACUCUCCUAUACUGCUUCCCAAAUCUUCCAUCCUGCACCCCUAAUCUCACUGUUAGUGUUAUUAUCACACCCUGCUUCCCAAUUCUCACUGUGAAAGUCUCUGACUACCCCCCAAUCUCACAGUGAGAGACAGUCUCUGACUACCCCCCAAUCUCACAGUGAGAGACAGUCUCUGACUACCCCCCAAUCUCACAGUGAAGGAUAUUUCCUCUCUGACCUCCCCUAUCUCAAUGUGAGGGACACUCACUCAGCUGUCCAAUGACUGUGAGCAGCCCAACUCAGCACCUAGGUAAACGCUCUGCCCCCAGUACAAAGCACUACUGCUCCACAGAUGGAAACUGAAAUUGAACAUAUGGGGCAAUGUAUAUAUUAAUAUAUUGUAUACAACAGAGGGUUAACAAGCUCGGCGCCAGAGCACUCCCCUCUCACAGUCUGACAUCUCUAAAUCAUUACUUAACAUAUAGAAUGUAUAAAUGUUCUUACUGUAACAUAGUGUGUUAAUAUAGGUUUAAACAUAUUUGUAUAUAGAGAAAGUACUUAUAU